CAGCGGGCCUGUGAGGUUACUUUCCCGUCCCCACUCCGGCCCUAUUCCCCAUCUCGCUGACGGCUUGCUAAGGCGCGGCUCCGGCCCCCCGGACCCUCAUGGCCGAGCCCGGCCGCGGCGCGGUACUGGGUUUGUACCGGGCCCUGCUGCGCCGGGCCCGCGGGCUGCGCUACACCGACCGUGACUUCUACGUGGAGGCGGUGCGCCGUGAGUUCCGCCGCCCGCUGCCUCCCGGUGUUGGCCCGGAGGCAGUGCAGAGGCAGCUGGACAAGGGCCGGGCCUUCCUGCGCGGGGAGCGUGGCCGCCUUGUUUGA